GGAAGACGUGCAAUCACCUACACGACACCCACUUGCCCCAAAUCUUCCGCACAGAUUUCUCCUGGAUGAACCGAUUGACCCCCAUUACUACUAUAAAAACAACGAACCCAAGAAGACAUUUUUAUCGUCAGGAGCAUGGGGAGUACUACUAUUCGGCCAGGUCACGGACCUUCAAGGUCUCUUAGUGGGAUUCGAACCGCGUUCGCAGUGUUAGCGAUGCCUCCUCAUGCCACAGAUUUCAAUACUAUGGCAUCUGAUUAUUCUCCAAGGCUCGGAUUCUGCAAAAGAGUAAGUUCCACCUCCAUGUUUCCAAGCAAAUGUCCCAGGUUUGAAUCGCAGGAGCCCACCUCACCCCAGGUCACUUGUACUGGCCAUAUUAAAAGGAAACCGCAUUGGGUAAAGGCAUCUAAGCAAGAAGCAGCAGCAAAGCCAGCCAAGGAAACGAGUGAUUAUAAUAAGAUGAUCUCCAAGCUGAAGAAAUUGAUGCUGGGUAGAAACCACAAUUCUAAAAAUAGUAAACCGACAGAGGAUGAUGGAGAAAAAUGUCAGCCUUCUUUGGGUGCAAUUAAACGCUACACUUGGGGUUCUUAUGAGGCUAAAUCUGGCGGCUUGUUUGUGGAGGAUGGCCCAAUCGUCGCUAAUUUGGAGUCAGUUUCGAAAUAGAUGGAUGGGAUUAAUAUUUGGUAGCGCCGCCCCUCAAAGCCCUGGUUUUGAGUAGGUCGAGAGGUAGGUCUCCAUGUGACCGUGCGUGCUAAUGCUGGGCUUCUCUUUCUUUUAUUCUACAAGCCUGGACUGGGAUGAUUAAACAAGAGAUCCUGUCUCCUUAGGGAACAUGAAAAAUAUUAGUUGGGCCUAAAGAAUGCAUGAUGUGGCCAAAGAGUUUUAUUCAGGAGAAAUGUGUACUGGAAAUUCAAGGCCUCAAAUGUAGUUUGUUUUCUGUAAGGUCACCAUGACAUGGCUUUUCUAUUUCUUUGAACAUAUGUUCAAAAGUUUUACAAGGUUUUUUUGGGCGGUGGUUUCAUGAUA